UUACCCUUGUUUUGCUGGGAAUCAGAACAACUGUUUCAAUAAGAGUUCAAAACUUUAGGAAGUUGUUAUACUAAGUACAUUAAUAAUGAACCAAAAUUGUUAUAAUUGUUAUCCGUAUGUGUUGAAGCUGACAAUAUAUCAAGUGAAAAUGUUUUGUGAAUCACAGUUGAUUUCGACAGAGAUUCAAGAUGAUUUUCCCCAAGAACGAACACCUGAAAGUUUGCAUGUACGCCAAUGCACUACUGGGCGUAUGGCCGUACAUAUUUGAGAACAACCCUACACUGAGGAAACUUUAUAAUAUCUACUCGAAAGCAACAUUCACCUAUUACCUUUUAUACAUACUUACCGCUAUAAUCCAGCUCGUCAUACUCCUCACCCGACAAGAAAUAAACGUCAAAGAAGUUUUUGCGAAUCUUGCCAUCACCCUCUUGUACUCCGUUACUAUCAUGAGAGUGUACGCCAUCAAAUCAACCAGGAUGAGGAAUAUUAUUAAAGAAAUAAUGGAUUUGGAAGAUAAAACCAUGGCUAGUGGAGACAAACAAAUAAUAGAAAUUUAUGAGUUUCACACUACACAGAGCAAGGUUUCUAACGUGAUUUUUCUAGUGAAUAUAUUCAUAGGUAAAACUUUUUCAAAAUAUUGUCUUUUGAAAAAUAUUCAAAUACGAUUAGUAAAUAUUCCUCCACUGUUUGUGGAGGACAUCAUCAAGUUCGAUGUUGAGAAAAACGAAACUAUUUCAAUUAAGGCCUUACCUCUCUCCUCCUGGUUUCCGUACGACGAGCAAAAACACUACCUAGCAAGUUACCUGUGGCAUAUUUUAGACGGGUCUAUUGGAGCCUCUUUCGUCAUGUACACAGACAUUUUCACUUUCAGCCUUAUCAUAUUUCCUUUAGGCCAGAUCCAUAUUCUGAAACACAUUCUGCGUCAUUUUAAUGAAUAUGCAUUGAAGAUCAAACAUCAAUUAGGUGUUACUGAGGAAGAAGCAAGCUUUAUCACAAUAAGGGAGUGUAUUCUGAAACACAAUAGUAUAAUAAGAUAUAUCAACGACUUCAACAAAGAAAUGAGAAACAUUAUGGUUUUAGAUUUCCUACAGAGUUCUUUGCAACUCGCUUCAGUAGUUAUACAAUUACUUGUGACACAAAUGAAUUUAAUUAAUUUUAUUUAUUCUGCUCAGUUUACUGUUUCUAUGCUGAUAAGACUACUGGUUUACUACUGGUAUGGAAAUGAAAUCAUAGUCGAGAGUUCAAAUAUCGCUGUGGCUAUAUGGGAAAGUGAAUGGUAUGAAGAGUCGAAAAAGGUAAAAAAUCUUAUGCUGAUUAUGAUGAUGAGAUGUAACAGAGAGCUUUGCUUGGAAAUUGGUCCGUUCAACACAAUGUCUUUAAACACUUUAAUAGGAAUACUGAAAGCAACUUACUCCUACAUGAUGGUUAUUUACCGAAGAUAAAUUUUCCAGGAACAUACAAAAUCGUUUAUCACACCACUAUUAUAUAAGUAGAUAACACUACAAGUAUAUUUGUUUCAAGCACUAAAGCUAGAACCUCAACUUUACCAAAUCACAAAUUAUUUAUAAAAUAUUUUCAAAAUGUUGCAGUAGUUUUUGCAUCUUUCAAAAC